AUGCAAAUUAUGGGAAUCACAGAGGAAGAUGCAAGGCAGAAACACCUGCAGGAGACUCGUACAUGGCGCCAACCCCUCACUCACUCUGGAGAAACGCCCACAAAGGAAGAAGUGCUGAGGCAAAAAGCACAAAGAGGAAUAGAGGGGACCAGACUGAAGGCAGAUAACAGAUUUCAACUGACGGCGCAUGCGAGUAACGUAGCAUCGCCUUUCUCGGGGCAUCACAGCCUUUCUCAGCCUCUACUCCCCUGCAGGCACGUCGCUCUAGGCAGCAGCAGCAGCAGCCAUGGUGUCUUUCCUCAUAGUGGGACGAGCAGCUCCCCAGGUGAGGGCGGCACCGACCCAGCCCGGCAGCAGGAGGGCCUUGGUGCUUCCCAUGGUUCACCCGAGCCAGACCUGGUGGUGGUGAGGGAGCGCCUGGCAUCCGUCAAGAACAAGGUGCUGGUGCUGUCUGGCAAGGGAGGCUUGGGCAAGUCCACUGUGAGUGCCAUGCUGGGCCUUACCUUGGCCCUCGAUGACUCCAAGGAGGUGGGGUUCCUUGACAUUGACAUCUGUGGGCCGUCUCAGCCGCGGGUGUUGGGGACAGCAGAGGAGAAGGUCCACUCUUCAGGUGCUGGCUGGUCCCCUGUGUAUGUGUCUGACAAUCUGGCUGUCAUGUCCGUUGGAUUCCUGCUCAACAGUGCAGACGACGCUGUCAUCUGGAAGGGACCCAAGAAAGAUGUGAUUGACGAGGUAGUGUUUAAGCAUGUAGCUGUGGAUGAAGUGGCUCUGCUGGAUGUGAGGAAGGAAAUCACAUUCUGCAGGAAAGUGAACAUUCCCAUCAUUGGCCUGGUGGAGAACAUGACCACCUUUGUGUGCCCCAAGUGUAAGACCAAGACGGCCGUCUUCCCUGCCACUACUGGAUGUGACCCCCAGCUGGCAGAGGAUACUGAGAUGCCACUGCUUGGCCAGCUGCCGCUGGACCCCCGGGUGGCCCAGGCAUGUGAUGAAGGCACCAACAUUCCGACACGAGCCAGAUGCUGCUGUCACUCAGGCAUACAAAGACAUUGCAAACAAAAUCAAGGAGUACUGUGAUGCAGUCCCAAGAAGCCACUUGACCUGCAGCGGUAGCAGCAGCAGCAGCAGCAGUCAUCACCACACUAACCAACACAUUCUAUAGAAAAGUCUUGUUAUUCAUGCAGAGGUUUAUUUUACAUUUACUUCUUAAAUCCAUAUUAUUAACAUCA